AUCCCAGUCAGCUUGCCGCCCUUUCACCAUGUUUCGAUCUUCCAAGGGAAGAUUCACUGGAGCAUUUCAACACGAUCCGCAAACAACAAACAGCUCGUCAGAGUCCGAACCGAACACGUCCUUGCCCCCCUCCCAAUGGCACCCUUCACCGCGUGGGGGACGGCUGAACGAUAUCACGCAAGAGAGUCAUACCACCUCGUCUCUCAGACUCGAGUCUCCUUCUCUAGAGUCGCACACGGAGAUCGUGUCUCGUCUUACUACAACCCCUUCGACGUCUCAUCUUUUUACUGCGGACUUUCUCGUUGACGGAACUCCAGAGCGCUCCACAGACGCUCCAAAGUUGUCGACGGCGACACAAGUAGCUAUUCCCGCAAUACGAGACCUGGAAGAAAGCUCUCACCGGCAGCAAACAGAUACAUCGAACGAUUCAUCCCCACGAUUCGUGCCACAUGACGAAGACUUCCCCUUAACGAAGAUGUUCGCUCCUCCAAACAGCGGACUGCCACCAAGCUAUCAUUCCAGCGCAAAUCCGUCUCUGGUUGGAGGCUUUGGCAGCGAUGGACUCGAUCCCGCCCCAGCGUACGAUUGGGGGCUGGCUAUGGACGUUGACGGAUCAAAUAACGUGAACAAUGAGCAAGGCACAUCAGUACGGCGCGUCAGUCACGAUCAGCCCGAACCACCGCCUUCCUUGCCAGAGGUUCCACGUCGCGUCGACUACUACCGCGCUAUAAGCGCUGAUAUUUUGGCAGACUUCGACUUUCCACUCCCGGUAGCCAAGUCCAUAGCCACGGUAACAGAGGCUGCGAUUCCAUCUUCCUCUACUCCACCACCACAAAGAGGCUACCGACCAACACCAGCGUCUAUUCUUGAGGAUUUCGAUAUCUCUCCGUUUUCACCACAGAUCACAGGCGGCAGCUCCAGCACCGCGGCUAGUACUCCACCAGUACUAUCGCCGCCCACACGGUCAAGAUCAACGUCGAAGGUCGCAUCGCUGGCUUCGAACAACCCUUAUGUUGAGCUUCUUGAGCAGAAGGAGCAAGCAAUGACGGUUGCAUUUCUGCGCAGGCAAGAUUCAGCAUCGGGGUCUCGAUCCACGGAUCUUGGAGCUGAUGAUUUCAGUUUCGGCCAGAGAUAUCACAAGGCAGCAGACACAACAGAUAUUGUUGUUACAAGGCAAAGGCUACCAGCUAAUGACCUGGGCGGUUCUCGAGAAUGCCCGAUUUGUGCGGAGACAAGAGAUAUUUCGUCAUUUCCUGUCCUCAGUGUGACUCCAACAUGUACCCACCCGCCAGAAGCGUGUCUGGAGUGCCUUAAAAUGUCCAUCAAAUCAGACUUGAACAGCAAGUUAUGGACGGAGAUUCAGUGCCCAGAAUGCCGCGAGUUGCUAGAAUACGUCGACAUUCAGAAGUACGCAGACGAAGAGACUUUUGCCCGAUAUGAGGCUUUGGCUCUUCGCGCUGCCAUGGCUGAAGCUGAUAACUUCAUUUGGUGUACGGCAAAUUGUGGCUCGGGCCAACUUCACGAUACCGGCGCAGAUCAGCCCAUUGUGACAUGUUUGCAUUGCGGUCAGCGAUCUUGUUUUAGCCAUAACGUGACAUGGCACGAGAACCUGUCAUGUCAAGAGUAUGACGCGCUGCUUCAUGACCCAGAAAACUUCCGCUCGCGCAUCGAGAUGGAGUAUGACGAGUUCGACUCGGCGCGACAGGCGCAAGAGGAUGCCGAUCGGGCAAUGGCGCAGGGCCUAAUGGCCAAACAACAAGCGGAGAUUCAACAGAAUGAGGCUAGAGAGCGCGCUGAAAGGGAAAGAGCCCGAAAGGCGGUAGCCUUGGCGAGGAAGGUUGCCGCUCGCCGAAAGGCGGAAGAAGAGCAAAGUCGGGUGACCGUAAGCCGGACAACAAAGCCUUGCCCUGGUUGCGGAUGGGCCAUUGAAAAGAACUCUGGGUGUUCGCACAUGACUUGCAUCAAAUGCCGCUACGAAUUCUGUUGGGGCUGUUACUCUACUUGGGAACGGUCGCACAGCGUUCGAUGCCGAGGUCUUGGGCCUCUAGUGUCGGCCAGAGAGUGA